AUUUACUUAUUUAUAUUUAUCAAAAUUUUGGAACAUACCAAAAAUUAGAAACCUAAGAUUUUGAUUUUGAAAACGAUUCUCUGUUUGCUCUAGUCUUUAGGAUUAGGUUAAAGUUCUGUUUGACCAUCUAUUUUUGUUCUCUUUGAUUUUCCAAUGACACAGUGAGAGAAGAGAACCCGUUUGAUCAUUUUGGAGAAAUGAAGAUUUGCCCAGAAACCACCACAUGAUUUGCUUCUCGUUUUAAGGUUUUGAUCUCCAUGUUUUCGAAGAUGAAGGAUCGGUCUUGCAAAUAUGCGAUUUGUUCUUAGAAAACUGCCUGCCUACUUUUGUUGGUUUCUCUUGUUUACCAAAGGUUGAAGAAUAAGACAAAAAAAAAGAUGUCAUCGUCAAACUCACCUUGCGCAGCGUGCAAGUUUCUUCGUAGAAAAUGCACCCAAGAAUGCGUCUUUGCGCCUUACUUCCCACCUGACAAUCCCCAGAAAUUCGCCAACGUCCACAAAGUGUUCGGUGCCAGCAAUGUCGCCAAGCUUUUGAACGAACUCAACGCAUCUCAACGCGAGGAUGCUGUCAACUCCUUAGCCUACGAGGCCGAGGCUCGUCUCCGUGACCCCGUCUACGGCUGCGUCGGCCUCAUCUCCAUCUUGCAACACAAGCUCAAACAAAUGCAACACGAUCUUAACAACGCCAAGAAAGAACUCGCCACUUACAUUGGCCCUCAAGCAAUGCUCCCUAUCUUACAACCGCAUGUUUUUUUGCAACAACAUGUUGGGAACGCUUCUUCAGCCGUGAUGCAACACAAUAUGAUGCCCAUGAUGGGGAUUCCUACGGCCGCCGCUGCUUCGGCUUCCCAUGGGGGACAGUUGGUGAUUAGGGAACCACCACAACAGCAGGCUCAGAUUUUCGAGGCGCAACAGCAACUGGUGGCGGCGGUGGCGGCAAGGGAACAACAAGAAAUGUUCAGGGGAUAUGAACAUCAGCAUCAGCAUCAACAGGGUCAGCAACAGCAUGAGAUUGUGAGGUUUAAUGGAGGAGGGUUUGAAGGGGGUGGUUCAGUUACUGCAACUGGUUUCAAUCAGAUAACACCCGGAUCUUCCAUGUCAUCCUCUUUGGCUUUAGGGAGUUUUGAUAACCCUUAUCAGAUUCAAACACAACCACAGCAACAACAUGGAAGCCAUUCACUUCAACCACACCUUCUGCUUCAAACACAAGAAGGUCAACCCCAAGAACAUCCACAAUCACAGCAAAAUCAACCGCAAAUGUCGGGAAGCGAGGAGGGUAGGAGUAUUGGUCCUUCUUGUUGAAUAACACAACCCCCACCCCCCAACAAAAAAAAAAAAUAUUUUUGUUUUUUUGUUCUUUGUUUUACUUUUGCAGCUUGAGUGCCUGCCUCUCCGCGUUUUGAUGAAACCAAAAUUUGAUUCAAGGUAAAGUAUUUCUAAUAUAAAUAUUAAUAGUUUUUUCA